UUCAAUUCGAUCAAAUUCCCAACUAAUCACUUCCUCUUCACCUCUCCCUACCUCACAAUGUUCAGAAACAACUACGAUUCUGACAACACAGUCUUCUCCCCUCAAGGUCGUCUUCAUCAAGUUGAAUAUGCACUUGAAGCGGUUAAACAAGGAUCGGCAUGUGUAGGGAUGAGAAACAAAACGCAUGUCCUUUUACUUGCAUUGAAGCGUUCAACUGGAGAAUUGGCCUCUUAUCAAAAGAAGCUUAUCCGAAUUGACGAUCACAUUGGUAUCGCAAUCGCUGGUCUUACUAGUGAUGCUCGAGUGCUUUCGAACUUUAUGAGGCAACAGUCUAUGUCCUCACGAUUACUUUACAACCGUCCACUGCCACUCGCUCGAGCCGUAACUGCAAUUGCCGAUAAGGCUCAAGUAAAUACUCAACAGUAUGGACGUAGACCUUAUGGUGUCGGUUUCUUGGUUGGUGGACAUGAUGAGACUGGACCUCAUCUAUACGAAUUUAGUCCAUCUGGUAAUUGCCUAGAAUACUAUGCUAUGUCUAUUGGAGCUCGAUCUCAAUCAGCAAAAACUUAUCUUGAGAAACAUUUCGAGAGCUUUCUAGAAUGUGAUUUGGAUGCACUCAUCAAACACGGACUUCAUGCUUUGAGAGAUACACUUCAACAAGACAAAGAACUUACAACCCUCAAUACUUCUUUAGGAAUUGUAGGACCAGAUCAUAAGUUUCAAAUUAUUGAGGGUCAAGAUCUUGCUGCUUAUCUUGCUACUAUGGACCCACAGGAAGAUCGUAAUGCACCUCAAGCAAGCGAGGUUGCACCUAUGGAGACUGAUCCUUAAUUUCACACAAAAUGAAAUAAAAUGUUUUUCUUUGCAAUAUAUGAAACAAAUUUGGC